UGAACAUACCAUCGUUUCUCCCAUUCUGCUGAUCCAUUUUUCUGCCCAAUCUUGCCAGCUCAAUCCUUGCAAGAGCAGAGAAACAGAGGUCACCAAGCAGCAGCAGCAGCAGCAGCAGAAGAAGAGCAGCUAGCUUCUUCAGAGGAAGCUAGCCAGCUGAGCUGAGGCCAUGGGGGAGAACGUGGUCGGCAGGUACUACUACCCGGCGUCGGCGGCCGCCAUGGACGGCGUGGAGCUCGGCCGCGCCGCCGCCGGCUCCAAGCUCGUGGACGACGAUGGCCGCCCCAAGCGCAACGGGACGAUGUGGACGGCGAGCUCGCACAUCAUCACGGCGGUGAUCGGGUCGGGGGUGCUGUCGCUGGGGUGGGCCAUCGCGCAGCUCGGCUGGGUGGCGGGGCCGGCCGUCAUGGUGCUCUUCUCCCUCGUCACCUACUACACCUCCGCCCUGCUCGCCGACUGCUACCGCUCCGGCGACCAGACCUCCGGCAAGCGCAACUACACCUACAUGGACGCCGUCAAUGCCAACCUAAGUGGGUUCAAGGUCAAGAUCUGUGGGUUCCUGCAGUACGCGAACAUCGUCGGCGUCGCCAUCGGUUACACCAUCGCCGCCUCCAUCAGCAUGAUGGCGAUCGGGAGGGCCAACUGCUUCCACAAGAAGGGGCACGCCAACCCGUGCAACGUCUCCAGCGUGCCCUACAUGGCCAUCUUCGGCGUCGCCGAGGUCUUGUUCUCGCAGAUCCCCGACUUCGACCAGAUCUCCUGGCUCUCCAUGCUCGCCGCCGUCAUGUCGUUCACCUACUCCGUCAUCGGCCUCAGCCUCGGCAUCGUCCAAGUCGUCGCGAACGGAGGCUUCAAGGGCAGCCUCACCGGGAUCAGCAUCGGCGUGGUGACGCCGAUGGACAAGGUGUGGCGGAGCCUGCAGGCGUUCGGCGACAUCGCGUUCGCCUACUCCUACUCGCUCAUCCUCAUCGAGAUCCAGGACACCAUCCGGGCGCCGCCGCCGUCGGAGGCAACGGUGAUGAAGCGCGCCACGGUGGUGAGCGUGGCGGUGACCACGGUGUUCUACAUGCUCUGCGGCAGCAUGGGGUACGCGGCGUUCGGCGACGACGCGCCGGGGAACCUCCUCACCGGGUUCGGCUUCUACGAGCCCUUCUGGCUCCUCGACAUCGCCAACGCCGCCAUCGUCGUCCACCUCGUCGGCGCCUACCAGGUGUUCUGCCAGCCGCUCUUCGCCUUCGUCGAGAAGUGGGCGGCGCAGAGGUGGCCGGAGUCGCCGUACAUCACCAGGGAGGUCGAGGUGCGGCUCUCCCCGUCGAGGCGGUACAAGCUGAGCCUCUUCCGGUCGACGUGGCGCACGGCGUUCGUCGUCGCCACCACGGUGGUGUCCAUGCUGCUGCCCUUCUUCAACGACGUGGUGGGCUUCCUCGGCGCGCUCGGCUUCUGGCCGCUCACCGUCUACUUCCCCGUGGAGAUGUACGUGGUGCAGAAGAAGGUGCCACGGUGGAGCACUCAGUGGGUGUGCCUCCAGAUGCUCAGCGUCGGCUGCCUCGUCAUCUCCAUCGCCGCCGCCGCGGGCUCCAUCGCCGGCAUCAUGUCGGAUCUCAAGGUGUACCGCCCGUUCUAGCGGGUGCUGAUCGAGUGAUCGAUCGAUCACUUACAUCCAAAUUAACACGACAACACGUUGACUCGCCACGUCAAAAUCAAGCUCGCUCCGAAGGAAAACCAAAUCCACUUCACACGAUUAAACCCCAACAGAUUAAAAAAAAAAGAACACAGCGAUCAGACGCUAAGAAAAAAAAAAGAAUUGUCAGUGCGUGUUGCUGUGAUGUAUUACUGUAGAGGAUAUAAUUCAUGGAGGUAAAAAAGAAAAAGACAAGGAAA